AUGCAAGGCUAUAGAGGAGGCUGCAAGAAAAGGAGUGAUGAGAGCAUGCUGUUGAAGAUUUCAGGAGUUGAUUUGAUUGCUGCGGAGGCCAAGUAUCAUAAACACUGCCGCUCCCAAUACGUACGUAAAUCCAACCUAAUGUUUGUUGACUUUCGAGUUGACGGGGAGGAAGAUGUUUACACCCAAGCGUUCCAAAACCUGAAAGAGGACAUCAAACCUCAGUUAGAAUCAGGAGUGGCCCUUGAUAUGAAAACCCUCUUGGACUCUUACCAGGGAAUUUUGCAACACCUUGGCUGCAACACGGCAAAAAGUUACAAGUCAGAGAGGUUAAAACGCAGACUGCAACAAAGUUUUCAAGAAGAAAUUGUCUUUCAGAAGCUACCGGAUCCCUCGAAGCCAGAGUUGGUUUACUCUAGCUCUAUAUCUUUGCAGGAUGUCAUCAAUUCAGCGGCUAAGAAAAGUUGCCAUUUGGCUAAAAUGUCAGCGUCUUCUGAAGAUGAAUCCUCAAACAGCCAGGGUCAGAAUGAUGUCAAUUCCACACUAUACCACGCCGCUCAAAUACUGAGGUCAAGCAUACGGAGUGAAAGCAAAAGUAUAGGGAUCCAACCUGUUGAUGUGGAGGACAUCAGUGCCUGUAAAGUAAAGAGUUUAAUGCCUAAAGAUCUUUACAAUUUUUUGUGCUUGAUGAUCUCGAAUCCAGAGAAAGUUGAUGUAUCUGCUCCGACUGCUUCCAAUGCCGCAGAUGAGCGACAUAUUUUAGCAAUUGCACAAUAUCUAAUAUAUGCAACAACUCAUGGUCGCUUGAAGACCCCUAAGCACAUUGGUUUGGCAAUGUCUGUUCGCCAUAUGACAGGUUCAAAGCACCUGGUAACGAUGUUAAACAGAUUCGGUCACUGCUGUUCUUAUGAUGACAUAGAAGUAGUUGACACUAACCUAGCAUUAGACAUUAUAGCCAGCUUAAAAAAUCUGGGUGCUGUUGUUCCAUCUAACAUUUCACCAGGAGUGUUCGUUCAAGUCGCGGGAGACAAUAACGAUAUCAAUGAGGAGACACUAGACGCCAAGCAAACUACUCAUGCCACUACACUUGUCCUGUACCAAAGAAAGCAACAAGGACCAAAACCGAAACCUGCAGUUCGUCCUGCUCAUUCAGAAAAACGACGGUCUCUUAACAUCUCAGAUGCAAAUCCACCCCUGUUGGAGUUUGGUGCUUGUGGCAAGCGGCCUGCCGUAACCUUUUACAAAGACAAAAUAGAAGAAGAGUGGUUUCAGUCCUCAAGCUCGCUCUGUACCACUGCUAUUCAGAUGGAUUUUGGUUGGUUUCUAACACGUCUGUGUACCCACCAGUUGUUUAGUGAAAAUCUACAUAACCGCGACGGCGAAGUUUUUCAGCCCUUGCCAAGUUGGAGUGGGUUUAACGCAAAGAUAGCAAGUGAGCCGCCACCCUUGACCUCCGUUGGUUACUGUCCAAUGAACCAAGGUUCACCUACUGAAUACAGUACAGUUUACACUGCCAUGAAAAACGUCCAAGCAAUGAUGGAUGUACUACACCAGAAACACAGUGUAAUUACGUUUGACCUGGCAAUCUACAUGAAGGCCAAAGAAAUUCAGUGGCGACGGCCUGAAGAAUUUAAGAACACAGUGAUCCGAAUGGGAGGUUUUCAUAUAGCAUUAAACUUCCUCUCAGUUAUUGGAAAGAUUUUCCAGGACAGUGGCAUUGAAGACCUGCUAAUAGAAUCUGGUGUGUAUGGAUGCCACACGGUAUCUAUGCUACUGAAGGGAAAGUCAUACUACAGAGGCGUGCGUGCACAUAAGCUUGUUCUCGAAGCACUACUAAGACUGCAGUGGCAAGCAUUUGGAGCUUGGAUGGAAGCUGAGGACGUCGAGCUCCCAACAUUAUAUCAACGCCAGUGUUUAUCUUUAAUAAACUGUUGUCAAAGAGAAAGUAAUUCCAAAGCAAUGGGGGAAGUUUAUCAGCAACCAGAAUAACAAGGUUAACCUUUCCAGAUUUUUUUGCCGAGAGUGUUGCAGUCUGGGUGAAUACAACUUACUUCCUGAUCAAGAGCUGGUAAUUGGAGGUGGCUUUGAAGAUCCAACAGAUACAGUUGUUGUAACCCGUGGACGUACAGAUCCCCUUGCAGAGCUGAUAUCAGACCAUGAAGAAGCCGACACGAGGAUGAUCCUUCAUGCGUGGCACGCCUCUUUCACUAAAGAGAGGAUUGUCAUUCAGUCCCCUGAUACAGAUGUUGCUGUAUUAGCUAUCUAUGCAUACCAGAUGAUACAGUGCAACGAAAUGUGGCUCAAGACAGGCGUCAAAGAUAAGGUUCGCUUCGCCCCUGUCCAUCGUAUUGCUGAGAAGCUUGGUAGGAGUGUUUGCGCAGCGAUUCCAGCAUUGCAUGCUCUAACUGGUUGUGAUUCUACUAGUGGGUUGUUUCAGAUCGGGAAAAAGAAAGGAUGGAAGGUAUUUGUCAAAUAUCCCAGUCUCCAUGACAGUGUUGGCAACCUUGGCAGUCAGAUUCCACCACCAGCGCUCACUGUUGAAGCCUGU